AUGGUACGCUGGCUGGGCUUCCUGUUGAUCUUCGUGGGAGCCGGGCUACGGCCCAAGAAUCGUGUCGACUGGCCGUGGGAGGAGCAUCACGUCAGCUCAAGCGAUGAGGUUCAGGGUCUCCUGACCGCUAUGCUGGCAGAGACCACAGCUGAGGCCAGCAAGAGAGAGGCCGGCGAUGUCGCGGCCCAGGAGCGGAUGCUCAGAGAGGUGGUUGCCAAAAUCACGCAGGACUGGCGGAGCACCGGUGCAAGCACUUGCCAUCAGCAGCUCGGGAGGGUGAUUCACAACUUCAGUGUAGCAUGCGAACGCUUGCGGCCGAAAGCCGACUGGCUUCUCGACUACUACGUCCCGGUCCUUCCGAACAAGACCUGUGCCGGGAGCAUCAGCGACAUCUUCGCACUCGGAGACGAGCUGGUCGAGACCCUCCAUGUCUCCAGAGAUGCGAUAGCCUCUUUGGAUGUUGACGACAAGACGCUUCGUCGAUAUCAAGCGCUCUCCUUUCUCAGAAGCUGGUUAGUGAAUCUCACCCGGACUGACGGUCAUGCGCUACUUUGGGCAGGCUUCUGGGAUGGUGAUCCCCAGAAUCGCACUACACAGGCGAAGCUCUCCAACUUUGCCAGAGCAACGGAACACUCGACGAUGCACCCGAACACCUUCCUAGGCCAGGCUAUUGAGGCGAGCCAGGACCUGGAUGCCUGCUACAAGCAGGCCACGACCAACACACUCGCCGAAAACAUGUGGUCCAUCGCAAGCAUGAGCUUCGUGCUUGGGAUGCGUGAAAGGGCACAGGGAACCGUCAUUGCAUUGGUCAACAAGGCGAUGACUGGUGAGCGAAGCCUGUCACAGUCCGUGCUAUUCACCCAUGAAAUCCCAACGGUGGGGCUUGCAGCCUGGGGUCUCGGGUUCUGGUCUCCGAAAGCGAUCCUUCUGGACCUCAUGGGCACCUGCGACAAGACAAGCCCAGCGUUGCAGAAGCAGCUUUUCGCACGCCUGCCCUCUUGGGCGAAGUCCAUGAGACACUGGAGCCCCGCAGCCUUCGCACAGAGGUCACGGCUCCAGUGGCAGUGCAUCGACUGCUCGGGUGCUUGCAGCCUGGACCAGGCCUUGGCGGAGCAUGUGGAGCAGCUGGUCAAGGCCAAGGAGUCGCAGGACCUGAAGGACAAGGAGCUACGACAGGCCGUCGCGAGCCCUCACCUGGCAGUCACAGAAAAGGCAGGGCUCAACUGCUGGGAGGAACAGAGGGCCGCCCACAAGCUGAUGGGGUGGCUGUGGAACAAUCCGGAGACCCGGACAAGGGCCCACGAGCUGAAGAACUUUUAUUAUGCUCUGCACCUGAAGCACAUGGCAAACAUACGCAGGGAAGCGGAGAAUGGGGUUCGGAAGCUCGACGGCCCAGCCAGGCUGCAUCGGGUGGAGCAGCUCCUCCAGAAGAAUGCUGAUCCUAACGCUCCGGACAGGCACGGCAACACAGCCCUCAUUUGCGCUGCAAUCGAAGGACACCUGGAAUUGGUUGAGCCCUUGCUGAAGGCAAGGGCCCAGCUGGAGUCCCGCAAUGCGAAAGGCACCACAGCCGUUAUGCAUGCUGCAGCCAACGGCCAUCUGGAGAUGAUCGAGACGCUUCGAAAGGCCGGAGCCCAGCUAGAGGCCCGCCACAGCGAGAAUGGUUUCACGCCCCUCAUGUUCGCUGCAAACAAAGGCAACUUGAAUGUGGCCGAGACAUUGCUGCAGGCCAGGGUGCAGCCACAGGCCCGCAGUGAUAAUGGUUUCACAGCUCUCAUGUUCGCUGCAAACAAAGGCCACGUGAAGGUGGCCGAGGCAUUGGUGAAGGCCAGAGCCCAGCUGGAGGCCCGAGAUGACGACGGGAACGCAGCCCUCACCCAUGCUACAAAGGCAGGUAUCGUGGAGAAUGGAUACGAGAUCUUUAACUUUGCUGUGUUGGUAGAUGUUGAAUGUUCAGGGCUGAUUCAUAUCCUUCAGCUUCAGCAGUGGGACGUCGGUCUAGGGGGCAUCUCCGGCAGCGCUGAGUGGCAGCGUUACUGGACAAAGGCCUGCCUCUGCCCAGAGGUUGAUUUGGUUGCCAAGUUAUACAAGGUCUUGUUGUAUGAGCCAGGCGAUUUCUUCCAGCCCCAUGUAGAUAGCAAGGUUGGCGAUGAUCACAUCCUGAGCCUUGUGGUGGACUGUGGGGCGGGCGACUGCAAAGGUGGAGAGCUUUGCUUUCCCAAGCGAGCUUCCCAGUGGCGCGAGCUGGAGAAAAUCGGGCGAGACAGAACCUGGCUCUCCGAAUCUGGAUCGUGGUGUUGCUUUUUUUCCUCCGAGCUUCACUGUGUGAAGGAGGUCACUGCAGGGCAUCGCGUCAUGGCGACUUUCAACGUUUUUGGCAGCCCAGCCCAGACUGAGAACUCCGAGACGUCUUUCCCCAGGAGUUCCACGCAGAACUGCUUCUUGUCGGUGCCACGGCAUGCGCAGCAGCAGGUGGUUUUGAGAAGCGGCACGGGCAGCGUGUAUUGCUGCAGCUGCACAUGCUCGUUUCAGCGUGACUUAUUGGGCGGCCCUGCCCAGAUUCUGCAACUUUGGCUCGGUGAAUUCAAGGAGCGCCUGCAAGCAGAAAUGGGGGACAAAGACUUGCUUGGUAUACCGUUCCACAACAUGUACAGUUUCGACAGCUCAGGCGUCCUGAGGCCUCAUCAUUUGAGGGGGAGGGAUUGGUUCCUCUACAAAGCAUUGGUGGCUUUGGGAUGGCACUGCCGCUUGGUAGAGUGCGCCGUGAGUUGCGAAAACGGCAGGCAUUGCAAGGGGCUUUCAAGAGCUCGUAUCGGCCAGGACAUGACUGAUCAUCCUGAUCGCGAUGACUUUCCAGGAUUCUGCACAUUCAGUAAAGAGAUCGAGGUCCCCGAAAGUUUUCAAGCUUUGGCAGGGGCAAAUACCUUGAGCUGUGAGGAACGGAGUUUCUUGACAGACACCAACGGGGAGCUAGACGUGUGGGAGACAGACCCGGGUGAGCAACCCCUCAUUGUUUGGCCAUUCCGGGGCGUCAGGUGGGCAGUUUCUCGGGCCUAUUUUGCCAAACGCCUGCUCGGAGAGUCUAAGGCCUGCUCCAGGUCUGGAAUACUCUGCGGCAAUGGCGCACAGUUCCGUGUCUAUUAUUAUCGACGCGCAGCCUUACUCUGUGAGAUGAAACCCUGCGACAGCACUCAUGUUCGCAGAUUUGACCCUGAUUUCUAUGCAUCUUCGUACCGUUUGUAA